GGCCCCUGCGCGUCUCCGCGCUCCUUAGAAAUAGAUGUUGAGGCGGUGGAGCCAGACUGCAGGGAGAUGAACCACGCUGCAGGUCCAAGAGCUGCAGAACAGUCAAGCAGAUCCGUUCAUCCCUCCUCCUCCUGCACCUCUGCUCUCUUACUCUCUCAGCGGGACAUCCCGCAGCGUCCGGGAUCAUGUUGUUUUCUCCGAGGGUUGCGUUAUUAUCGCCUCAUUGGGCUGCUGCUGAGUGAAAGAGAAAGUCCACACCGGAUCUGAGGGACUCUUUAUUUAUUUUUUCAUGCUUUUCACUCCAGAUACCUCCAUCAGGUCUCCUGGCUCCGGGUUCUUCCUCACAGGUUCUGGAUUAUCGCUGCGUCGUGGAGAUAUGCUGGUUUUAUUUGUGAUCAGCCUGGCCGCGUUGUCAGAUGCAGUGGCAAUAUUUCGAGCAGGUGUGGCCCCCCGCUGCGAGAACAGAGCCUGCAACCCUCGCAUGGGAAACCUGGCCUUAAGUCGGCGGGUUCUGACCCAAUCCGUGUGCGGAAACAAUGGAACAGAGCUCUACUGCUCCUACCCUGACCCCAACGCCAACCUGGCAUGUGGCACUCCUAAAUGCUCCAAAUGCAACGCCGCCCUACCACACCUGUCCCACCUGGCUGGGGCCAUGUCUGACUCAUCUUUCCGUCAUCCCAACACCUGGUGGCAGUCUGCAGAAGGCGUGGAGUCCGAGACGGUCCAACUGGACCUGGAGACGGAGUUUUACUUUACACAUCUCAUCCUGGUGUUUCGCUCCCCACGGCCUGCUGCCAUGACGCUGGAGCGCUCGCAGGACUUUGGGCGAACGUGGAAGAUGUUGCAGUACUACGCCAGUAACUGUAGCACCACCUUUGGAAUGGAGGAGGGAAAAACAGGUGGGGGCCGGGACGGGGCCAGCUGCACAUCAAAGUACUCUGGUGCAUAUCCCUGCAGCCGAGGAGAGGUGAUAUAUCGAACGCUACCAAAGUGGCAGUCGCUGGAUCCGUUUGGGUUGGAGGGCCAGCAGCAGCUGAGGGUGACCAACAUCCGGAUCCGGCUGUUAAAGCAGCAGCAGUGCCCCUGCCAGGCCAAAGCUCUCGCCACUACAAGGAAAGCUCUUCCAGCUCGACACUUUGCCAUCUAUGACCUGAUAGUGAAAGGAAGCUGCUUCUGCAACGGCCACGCUGAGCAGUGCGUCCCUGCACCUAAAUACCAGCCCACCAGAGACAGGACCAACCAUGUGGUUCAUGGGAAGUGCGUGUGCAGACACAACACUGCUGGGGAUCACUGUGAGCGCUGCGCUCCUCUUUACAACGACCGACCCUGGCAGCCCGCUGAUGGACUGACAGGAGCACCGCACGAAUGUCACAAGUGUAAGUGUAACGGACACGCUCAGAGCUGCCAUUUUGACUGGAAGGCAUGGCGCGAGUCUGGCCAGAGAAGCGGAGGCGUGUGCGACUGUCUGCACAACACGGAAGGGCGUCUGUGUGACAAAUGCAAAGCUGGCUUCUACAGAGACCCGCAUCGCCCUCACACGGCUCCAGACUCAUGCAAACCAUGCACCUGUAACCCAAUGGGCUCCAUGCCCUUUCACGUGACCGAUGGCUCCAUGUGCGACCCUUCCAACGGAAACUGCAUCUGCAAACCGGGAGUCGGGGGGUUGCAGUGCGACCGAUGCAUGGUGGGAUACUGGGGUUUUCAUGAAUACGGCUGUCGCCCAUGUGACUGUGCAGGAGACUGUGACCCAUUUACUGGGGACUGCAUGUAUGGCUCAGACCUGGAACUCUACAACCUGGAUGGAAACUCGAGCGAACCAGUCAGGAUCUUCGGCCAACAUGAACUUUUUUCUGCUCUCCACUACUCAGAGAAGUGCGAGUGCAAAGAGCAAACUCUGACCAACAGUAAACUCUUCUGUACCAUGAACUACGGAUACGUGCUAAAGGUGAAAGUGCUGUCUGCCCACGAUAAAGGCUCCCACGCUGAGGUAGAGGCCAAAGUUCAAAAGGUCUUCAGCCACAACACCAAGCUGAAGAUACAGAGAGGUCGGGUCACGCUCUACCCGGAGUCCUGGACGACUCGGGGAUGCACCUGCCCCAUCCUUAACCCAGGUGUGGAGUACCUAGUGGCAGGUCACUUGGACCGUAAGCAGGGGCGGCUCCUGGUGAACAUGAAGAGCUUCGUCAAGCCGUGGAAGGCCAGCCUGGGACGCAAAGUCCUCACACUGCUAAAAAAAGACUGCAACUGGUAAAAGGAAACAGAGACAUGACGGAUUGUUUCUGCUCUUGUUGUGGGAGCACGUUUUUGAGGGACUGAACUGAGAUGAUAGAAUCCCUCAGUUUUCCCGCUGUUGUCCAACAACAGUGCAAUGCCACUCCUGGAGGUAUUUCAUAGAGAAAUAUCUCUCUUGCACCUGUGCAAACUUCUUGCAUGAUUACAUUCGAGUACAAGCAGAUUUCACCUGAAAUGCAGAACUGCUCUUCCUCCUCUGCAGCACUUUAGCCUAAGAUGGACGAACCCAACACGGACGCACUAAUAAGAGGACGGAUAGACCCCCUCUGAGUCAGUUUCCUGAAGUGGAUUGCGUACGCAGCACAUCUGCACCCUGUGUGAAGAGACUGUGUUAAAAACAUUUUGAGUGAUGCUGAGCAAGCCAUACAAGCCACUGCAGGUGGUUAAAUCGUAGCCGGUUCAGGUGGGCCUGUGAUCAGAUCAGAAUGUAUCCCCGCUCCAAAAAAAAAAAA